GCCAGACCAAGGAAUGCAAUAAAGGCAAAAGUGUGGGACGCAAAGUGUGGGAUAGGCUGGUGCCAAAGCACUUUACGUGAGCGAUCUCAUUUAAUCCUCAUAACCCUAUUGCGUUGGUCCUAUUAUUAAGGCCAUUUUACUGAUGAGAGAACGGAGGCUGACAGGUUACGGUGUCCAGUGUCAUAGUUACACAGUGUCAACGGGGCGAGCGUGGGAAGCUGGCCCCAAAGCCCGUUUUCUGACUUUGCACUGGCCAGAGGCUCCUCGUGGAUGGCGUGCGCCAGGCCGCGUCCCCAGCGCCUAUCCACGGUGAGUGCGCAAGCGUUGGUGGCACUGGGCGGAGAACCCCCUGGCGCAAGACGAGUGCCUUCCCGUGAAGGCGUGGGGAGGAGGGACGCGCAGCUGGGAGAAGGCUAAUCGUAGUCAAGCGAGGCGGCCUUAGAGUGGACAGGACCGAGACCGCAAGGACUAACGGCCACGACUAUCGGCAGCUGAAGCAAGUCCGGUACCGGCACACCGCCAGUGCUUGUCCUUCGCGGCCCGCCCACCGCCCUCGAGGACCAGGAGAGUGGAGUCCAAACUGAGAAAUGCUGGGGCGGGGCUGAGGCGAGGGCUGGCUGUAGCUGUUAAGAGUUUAAGCCAAUCAGCCCCCGGCUCCACUUCUCUCUACCAAUAGAAAGUAGGCUAAGGCGCAGAGGCGGAAAGUGUGGCUACAUGAGCAGGCGUCGGAGCCAAUCAGCCGUGAGCCUCGUUCCCGUCGUCCAGCCCGCGGCGAGAGCGGGUAUGUGGGCGGGAGGCCGGGGCAGCUGUCAGACUAAAGUCGGGAGAGCGACGCGCGGCGGGGCGGCGGUAGGAAACGCGGCGCCGGGCCGGGCCCUGGAGAUGGUCCCCGGCGCCGCGGGCUGGUGUUGUCUCGUGCUCUGGCUCCCCGCGUGCGUCGCGGCCCACGGCUUCCGUAUCCAUGAUUAUUUGUACUUUCAAGUGCUGAGUCCUGGGGACAUUCGAUACAUCUUCACAGCCACACCUGCCAAGGACUUUGGUGGUAUCUUUCACACAAGGUAUGAGCAGAUUCACCUUGUCCCCGCUGAACCUCCAGAGGCCUGUGGGGAACUCAGCAACGGUUUCUUCAUCCAGGACCAGAUUGCUCUGGUGGAGAGGGGGGGCUGCUCCUUCCUCUCCAAGACUCGGGUGGUCCAGGAGCACGGCGGGCGGGCAGUGAUCAUCUCUGACAACGCAGUUGACAAUGACAGCUUCUACGUGGAGAUGAUCCAGGACAGUACCCAGCGCACAGCUGACAUCCCCGCCCUCUUCCUGCUCGGCCGAGAUGGCUACAUGAUCCGCCGCUCUCUGGAACAGCAUGGGCUGCCAUGGGCCAUCAUUUCCAUCCCAGUCAAUGUCACCAGCAUCCCCACCUUUGAGCUGCUGCAACCACCCUGGACCUUCUGGUAGAAGAGUUUGUCUCACAUUCCAGCCAUAAAUGACUCUGAGCUGGGAAGGGGAAACCCAGGAAUUUUGCUAUUUGGAAUUUGGGGACAGCAUCUGGGGACAAGUGGAGCCAGGUAGAGGAAAAGAGUUUGGGCAUUGCUAGGCUGAAAGGGAAGCCACACCACUGGCCUUACCUUCCCCAGGGCCCCAAAGGGUGUCUCAUGCUGCAAGAAGGGGCAAAAGACAGGCCCCAGGGCUUCUGGCUAAAACCUGAAACAAAAGGAGCUGAAGGUAGGCAGCCUGAGAGCCAUCUGUGACCUGUCACACUCACCUGGCUCCAGCCUCCCCUACCCAGGGUCUCUGCACAGUGACCUUCACAGCAGUUGUUGGAGUGGUUUAAAGAGCUAGUGUUUGGCGACUCAAUAAACCCUCACUGACUUUUUAGCAAUAAAGCUUCUCAUCAGGGUUGCAA